AUGUACUUGUGUUAUGCAUUGAGAUGUGCGCGAAGAAGUAAGCUUCCUGUGAGCUUUUCACGGCGGAUUUAUAGAAAGACUCCCGAAACUGCGUCAACUCCACUAAUACAAAAGUUCACGAUACCUUUCGAAUCUAGCGGAGAAAUCCAAGAAGAGCUAGGCGUUGACACUGAAGAGCCAGUGGCUCGAAAUGAAGCCAGAAGUGGAAUAAACCGAGGAGCCCGUACCGUGAAAAAUUCUUUGCCGCCUUCCUUACAAUACGUGCGAGACACCAUGGACAAGCACAAGGAUUAUGUUGUCAUUACGCAGAUGGGUUCAUUCUAUGAGUUUUAUUUUGAACACGCAGAGAUUUACGCCCCCAAGCUGAAUCUGACGCUAACCAGUCGUGACUACGUUUACGGGAAAGUCGCAUUCGCAGGCUUUCCCGUGCACCAAAUUGAGCGUCAUUUGAAAGUAUUGGUCAAAGAACUCGGAUAUAGCGUAGCAAUUGCGGAUCAGUUUAAAAAGGAUGUUGUGGUCACAAAUGAGACCAAUAAAUUUCUGCGAAGAGUUACUAGAAUUGUCACGCCGGGGACGUUCAUUGACGAAGCGUUUGAGAACCUUCAAGAAAACACCUACCUUCUGAGUCUCGAGUUUCCUGAAAAUUGCAUGCUUAAGGCAGCUGAUAUCGACACAAAGGUAGGCCUUUGUUGGUGCGACAUUUCAACAGGCGAGAUUUUUGUUCAGCAGGUCUUGUUGAAGGAUGUUGUUUCAGCAGUAGCGAGAAUAAAUCCUCGCGAAAUUUUGCUGGACGAAGAAUUAUUGCAGUACUCGUUAGAAAGUGGCCAAUGGUAUUCCGAAUUCGUGGAAUUAAAGAAAUUCUUUAUCAAAUAUCAACGUCUCCCAUCCGGUCAUCGAGAAAUCAGAAGCUUUUACAGUUUAUUCAAUGUUGGUGGAGAAACCGAACAUAGUCUGCUUGAAUUGGACAUGACUUUACGCGACUUUACUCAAAAAGAGGUAGCGGCACUGAGAAAUACAUUACUAUAUAUCGAGGAGCACCUACCGAACACCACUGUCAAUUUACAGGCGCCUCAAAGACAGCUGGCCAGCUCCAUCAUGCAGAUAGACCCACGAACCAGCUCUUUGCUUGAGCUAAACACCACACUCCGAACCAACACCAAAAAAGGCUCUUUGCUUUCUGUGAUUCGCCGUACUGUGACGCCAUCUGGGAGCAGACUUCUGUCACAGUGGCUUUCUGCGCCUUCUCUGGAUAUAAUCGAGAUUCAACAGCGGCAAAAGCUCGUGAAAUUAUUCCAAGAUAAUUUUGAUUUGACGGAGGUACUUAUCAGAACAUUGAAACAAACCUACGACAUGCCCCGUAUUUUACAGAAGUUCUCUUUUGGUAAGGGGGAUGCAACUGAAUUAUUACAAAUGUCACAUUCCAUGCAGAGAGCAGAAUUGAUUGGUGAUUUUAUCCAAAAAGAAUUUACGGCGAAUAAAGGUGGGUUGAAUAAAUUACUCAAGUCUUUUAUAAAUCUGCUGAAAUGUGAUGAGACUCUAGUGACGCGCGUUUUCAAGUCUCUUGAUGAAGAGCAGCUCGCCAAGUUUUCAAGGGCACAAGCUGAACAAGAAAAUCCGAAUGCAAUUGCAAGUGAGGGAGAUCAGGAUAGAGUAUUAGAUCCACUCGGAGAAUCAGGCCCUUGGGUAGUAAGGCCACAGGCUAACGGUAAGCUCCAAGCUCUUCAUGAGGCUCGUGCAAAUUGCUUCAAAGAUCGCAGACACUUGCACGAGGAGCUCAAAUCUUUUUUUGUUGGCGAGAUUCAAGCUCGCUCUGUACAGCUAAAGACCAAGCAAACGAGUGAGUAUGCGGUACAUAUCUCGGCUACCUCCUCGACCAUUGCUGAGAUUCUGAAAAGAGUAAAAGGCGGACUUUUGUUUCAAGGGGACAGCUUCCGUGUCAUACAGAAGUCAGCUCAAAGUUGCUGGCUGAGUCUCAGACCUUGGACAGAUUUGGGGCAAGAACUUGAAUACACAGUCAUGAAAAUAAGAAAGGAGGAAAAUGCCUUUAUUAACGAGCUAAAGAAAGACUUUGUUCAAAGAAGUACAUCUAUCAGAAACGUCGCUCAUAUUUUAGAUUACCUAGAUGUCUUGACAUCUUUCGCCAAGCUUUCUUUAGAAAAAAAUUUGGUGAAUCCGUUAGUCAACACGACCGCAAACCUUGAUAUUAAAGGUGGGCGCCAUAUAGUUGUUGAAGACGGGUUGAUUACUAGAUCCUUAGAACAAUUCACACCUAACAGCUGUAACAUAAACGCAGGUAAUUUGUGGGUUAUUACCGGACCUAACAUGGGCGGCAAGUCCACAUUUUUGAGACAAAAUGCGAUCAUUGUCAUUUUAGCACAAAUUGGGUGCCCCGUGCCUUGUGAAGCUGCAACGAUCGGUCUAGUGGAUAAGAUUUUUAGUCGCGUAGGUUCAGCCGAUGACUUGUACAAUGAAAUGAGCACCUUUAUGGUAGAAAUGAUUGAAACAAGCUAUAUCCUUAAAGGUGCAACUUCGAAAUCCUUGGCCAUCUUGGAUGAAAUUGGAAGAGGAACAAGCGGCAAAGAAGGUGUAAGUAUUGCGUAUGCUACGUUAAAGCAUCUAAUUGAGAAAAAUAGUUGCAGAUCACUUUUCGCAACGCACUUCGGCAAAGAACUACAAAUGCUCAUAAAUUCACAUUGCAGUCCAUGUCUUCAACAGAACGUCUCAUAUUAUCAAAGCGCAGUAUAUGAUGUAGAUGACAGUUUUUGUUAUGAUCACAAAUUAACUCCUGGAGUUUGUGCUAAGUCAGAUGCAAUCAGAGUAGCAUUAAAGGCAGGCUUCCCGAAGGAUGCUCUAAAAAAUGCUGAGGAAGUCUUAAAAAUUUACAAUUGA